AUGGCCGACCACGAUCCAGAGCUCCAGGCCAGGCUCGACGAGCUGCAGCGCGAGUUGGAGGAGGGCGACAUAACCCAGAAGGGCUUCCAAAAACGACGGACCCUACUGCUGUCCCAGCACUUUGCGAGCCCCCCGACGGCCCCGCGGACUGGCCUGCGAAUACACUCUCCCGACAGCGCCAAGUAUGGGGCCAGCGACGACCACCGGGCCGCCGCCUAUGCCGCCAUGACGGGCCACGACUCCGAUCCCACCAGCCCCGCCUCGCCCGCAUACCAGUCCGACUCGACCUACAGCCCGCCCGCCGUCUCCGACACCAACCCGGCCGGGCUCCUGCGUCCCGGAGGCCCCAUUGCCGAACGGCCCAUGGCCACCCAGCGCGACUCGCUCUUCCUGACCCCGGGGAGCGAUGGCCCAACGCGGAGCGGCACCAUGGUCUCUGGAGACUACGCCUUCAACCCCGACCAGCAGGGCGCCUACGCCGACCCGCAUCCGCACCACCUGCACCACCACGAUGCCCGCACCACGACGCUGCACGACUCCCAGGGCUUCUUCUCCGACUUCGCCGGCCAGCAGCACUACGACCAGCACCACUCGGGCGACUACGGCGUCCCCCAGAGAUACUCGUCCAGCGAUGCCUUUUCCCCGACGGCGGCCAUGGCCCCGCCCAUGUUGACGGCCAACGACAUGCCUCCCCCUGAAGUGCUCGAGUACCAGCAGCCGCUCGAGCCGCGAGAGGUUCCCUUUGCCAUCCAAGACCCCCACGACAGCAACACGCCCAUGUCCGGCUUCGACAACAUGGCCGCCGUCCUGCGACACCGUGCCCGCACAACCGCAAAGGUGCCCGCCUACUGGGUCCUCGACUCCAAGGGCAAGGAAAUCGCCUCCAUCACCUGGGACAAGCUCGCCUCCCGGGCGGAAAAGGUGGCCCAGGUCAUUCGGGACAAGAGCUCGCUCUAUCGCGGCGAUCGCGUCGCCCUCGUCUACCGCGACAGCGAGGUCAUCGAUUUUGCCAUUGCCCUCAUGGGCUGCUUCAUCGCCGGCGUCGUGGCCGUUCCAAUCAACGACCUGCAGGACUACCAGCGGCUCAACUACAUCCUGACCUCGACGCAGGCUCAUCUGGCUCUCACCACGGAUAACAACCUCAAGGCGUUCCAGCGGGACAUUACUGCCCAGAAGCUCACCUGGCCCAAGGGCGUCGAGUGGUGGAAGACGAACGAAUUUGGCAGCUGGCACCCCAAGAAGAAGGAAGACGUUCCUCCUUUGACGGUGCCGGACCUGGCGUACAUUGAGUUUUCGCGCGCGCCCACGGGCGACUUGCGGGGAGUCGUGCUCAGCCAUCGCACCAUUAUGCACCAGAUGGCCUGCCUCAGCGCCGUCGUCUCGACCGUGCCCGGCAACGGCCCCGGAGACACCUUCAACCCGGCGCUGCGGGAUAAGAACGGGCGCCAGAUUGGCGGCGGCGCGGGGAGCGAGAUUCUGCUCUCGUACCUGGACCCCCGGCAGGGCAUUGGCAUGAUCCUCAGCGUCCUGCUGACCUUUUACGGCGGGCACACAACCGUCUGGUUCGACAACAAGGCGGUCGACGUCCCGGGCCUCUAUGCGCACCUCAUCACAAAGUACAAGGCGACCAUUAUGGUGGCCGACUAUCCCGGGCUCAAACGGGCGGCGUACAACUACCAGUCGGAUCCGAUGACGACGCGAAACUUCAAGAAGGGCAUGGAGCCCAACUUUCAAGCCGUCAAGCUGUGCUUGAUUGAUACGCUCACUGUCGACGGCGAAUUCCAUGAGGUCCUGGCCGACCGGUGGCUGCGGCCGCUGAGAAACCCGAGGGCGCGCGAGGUUGUCGCCCCGAUGCUCUGUCUCCCGGAACAUGGAGGAAUGGUUGUCAGCGUUCGCGACUGGCUAGGGGGCGAGGAGCGCAUGGGCGUGUCGCUCAAGCUCGAGCGAGACUGCGACACGGACUCUUCCGACUGCGACGACGACAAGGACAACGAGAAGCCCGCCCCCUCCAACGGAUUCGGAAGCCUGCUCGGCGGAGGCACGACGGCGACGACGGAGCAGCGCGCCAACACGGAGCUCAACGAGGUUCUCCUCGACCGCGAGGCCCUCAAGACCAACGAGGUCGUCGUCACCGCGUACGGCGAAGAGGUGGCCAAGAAGGCGCCCAACGAGCCGGGCAUGGUGCGAGUCGCCGCCUUUGGGUACCCGAUCCCGGACGCCACCCUCGCCGUCGUCGACCCCGAGACAGGCCUCCUCGCCUCGCCGCACAUGGUUGGCGAGAUCUGGGUCGACUCGCCGUCCCUCUCUGGCGGCUUCUGGGCACAGCCGAAAAACACGGAGCUAAUCUUCCACGCACGGCCUUACAAGUUUGAGCCGGGCGAGCCGACGCCGACACCGGUCGAGCCCGAGUUUCUGCGGACCGGCCUGCUGGGCACCGUCAUCGAAGGCAAGGUAUUCGUGCUCGGCCUGUACGAGGACCGCAUCCGGCAAAAGGUCGAGUGGGUGGAGCACGGCCACGAAAUCGCGGAGUACCGCUACUUUUUCGUGCAGCAUAUGGUCGUCAGCAUCGUCAAGAACGUCCCCAAGAUAUACGACUGCUCGGCCUUUGACGUCUUUGUCAACGACGAGCAUCUGCCCGUCGUCGUGCUCGAGUCCGCGGCCGCGUCGACGGCGCCACUCACGUCGGGCGGGCCGCCGCGCCAGCCCGACACGGCGCUGCUGGACUCGCUGGCCGAGCGCUGCACCGAGGUGCUCAUGCAGGAGCACCACCUGCGGCUAUACUGCGUCAUGAUUACCGCGCCAAACUCGCUGCCCCGGGUCGUCAAGAAUGGGAGGCGCGAGAUUGGCAACAUGCUGUGCCGGCGCGAGUUUGACCUGGGGAACCUGCCCUGCGUCCACGUCAAGUUUGGCGUCGAGCACGCGGUGCUCAACCUGCCCAUCGGCAUCGACCCCAUCGGCGGCAUCUGGUCGCCGGUCGCAUCCGAGUCGCGCUCCGACAUCCUGGCCCCGGCCGACAAGCAGUACUCGGGCAUCGACCGGCGGGAGGUGGUCAUUGACGACCGGACCUCGACGCCGCUCAACAACUUUGCCUGCAUCACAGACCUCAUCCAGUGGCGCGUCGCCCGCCAGCCCGAUGAGCUGUCCUACUGCACCAUUGACGGCCGGGGCCGAGAGGGCAAGGGCAUUACGUGGCGCAAGUUUGACUCGCGUGUGGCCGCCGUGGCCAUGUAUCUCAAGAACAAGGUCAAGGUGCGGCCCGGCGACCACCUGAUACUCAUGUACACGCACUCGGAGGAGUUUGUCUUUGCCGUCCACGCGUGCGUCAACCUGGGCGCCGUCGUCAUCCCCAUGGCGCCCCUGGACCAGAACCGACUCAACGAGGACGUGCCGGCGUUUCUGCACAUCAUUGCCGACUACAACGUCAAGGCCGUCCUCGUCAACCAGGACGUCGACCACCUCAUAAAGCUCAAGCCCGUGGCGAGCCACAUCAAGCAGUCGGCGCAGAUUCUCAAGAUUUCCAUGCCCCACGUGUACAACACGUCGAAGCCCCCGAAGCAGAACAGCGGGCUGCGAGACCUGGGGCUGACCAUCGAUCCCGCCUGGAUCCGGCCCGGGUACCCCGUCAUCGUCUGGACGUACUGGACACCCGACCAGCGCCGGAUCGCGGUCCAGCUGGGACACGAAACGAUCAUGGGGAUAUGCAAGGUGCAAAAGGAGACGUGCCAGAUGACGAGCUCGCGACCGGUCCUCGGGUGCGUCCGCAGCACCACGGGCCUGGGCUUCAUCCACACCUGCCUGAUGGGCAUCUACAUUGGCACACCGACCUACCUCUUGUCGCCCGUCGAGUUUGCCCAGAACCCCAUGUCGCUGUUUGUCACGCUGUCCCGGUAUAAGAUCAAGGACACGUACGCGACCCCUCAGAUGCUGGACCACGCCAUGGCCGCCAUGCCGGCCAAGGGCUUUGCGCUGCACGAGCUCAAGAACAUGAUGAUUACCGCUGACAGCCGGCCGCGGGUGGACGUCUUCCAGAAGGUGCGGCUCCACUUUGCCGGCGUCGGCCUGGACAGGACGGCCAUCAACACCGUUUACUCGCAUGUGCUCAACCCCAUGGUUGCGUCGCGAUCCUACAUGUGCAUCGAGCCGAUCGAGCUGUGGCUCGACCCCAAGGCCCUGCGCCGCGGCCUCGUGGUCCCCGUCGAUCCCGACUCGGACCCCAAGUCGCUGCUGGUCCAGGACUCGGGCAUGGUACCCGUGUCGACGCAAAUCGCCAUUGUGAACCCGGAAAGCCGGGCGCACUGCUACGACGGGGAGUAUGGCGAGAUUUGGGUCGACUCCGAGGCGUGCGUCAAGUCCUUUUACGGCUCAAAAGACGCCUUUGACGCGGAGCGGUUUGACGGCCGCACCGUCGACGGCGACCCCGGCGUGCCCUUUGUGCGGACGGGCGACCUCGGCUUCCUACACAACGUCAGCCGUCCUAUUGGGCCGGGAGGAGCCUUGGUGGAUAUGCAGGUGCUCUUUGUCCUGGGAAGCAUAGGCGAGACGUUCGAGAUUAACGGCCUGAGCCACUUUCCGAUGGACAUUGAGUACUCGGUCGAACGCUCCCAUCGCAACAUUGUGCCGGGAGGCUGUGCGGUUUUCCAAGCCGGCGGGCUCGUCGUCGUCUUGGUCGAAGUCAGCCGCAAGCCGUACCUCGCGUCCAUUGUCCCGGUCAUCGUCAACGCCAUUCUCAACGAGCACCAGAUCAUUGUCGAUAUCGUCGCCUUUGUGAGCAAGGGAGACUUUCCGCGGUCGCGGCUUGGCGAGAAGCAACGGGGCAAGAUUCUGGCGGGCUGGGUUACGCGGAAGCUGCGGACCUUGGCCCAGUUUGCCAUCCGAGACCUCGACCCGGCGGCCAUGGGCGAAGCAGGCGGUGCCGACCCCAACCGGCAGUCGACUGCGAGCAUCCGCAGCGGCAUGCCCGCCCUCGGCUCGUCGAGCCUGAAGAAUGUCGAAACACCCCAGAUCAUGGAGCAGGAAGAGUUUCAGCGGCAGAUGGACCGCAUCGCCAACAUGGCCCCGGCGGGAGACCACGCCGGGCCUGCCGGCUACGGCGUGGCCCUGGGCGGGGAGGCGGUGGACUAUGAACACUACGAUGACGGGCCGGCCGUGGGCGCCAAGUCAGGCGAUGGUCCGCCCCCGAGGAUAAGGCUGCCCGGCGUCGAUGGGCGAGAGGGAAUGGAGAUGUGGAGCGGCCACGACGACGCCACCGAGGAAUGGACGAACAUGCAUAUGAACCUGGCCGGCGAUACGAACGCCAAGUAG